GAAACCAACCAUCGGGGAUUACCACAUCUCUGAAAUCCCCGCUGAGUCAGACUCAAUACAUGACCACAGAUACUACAAGACUGUUUAUUAGACAACAGGUGAAAGUUUCUCAAACCAAUUCGGUGAAGAAACAGUUUGGGAUCAAGCAACACGAAUUAUGGAGAGACAAUUCGCAUCCCGCGUACAGAAGGAGCUAGCCGCCCUGAGGAAGUCCCCUCCUGUCGGUAUCCAGGUGUCGCUACCUUCAGACGACCUGCACGUGUGGGAGGCUGUCAUCCCGGGGCCACAGGACUCCCUGUAUAAAGGAGGGAAGUUCAAGAUUCAGAUACUGCUUCCCGAAAACUACCCCCUUGGGCCUCCAAUCGUGCGCUUCAUCACGCCGAUCUACCACCUGAACGUGAGUCAGACUAGCGGACAGGUGUGUCUCCGCUUCCUGGCUGAAGAUGAGUGGGUGGCAGGAGGAACCGUUGAACAGGUGCUGAACGCCUUGUUCUCUCUCCUCAUCCGCCCGGAAGAGGACAACGCCUUUGACCACGAUGUUCUCAACGAAUAUCACCACUACAAGGGGCGGUAUGACAGCAACGCCCGGAAAAGUGCUGAAAAGGCCACAUAGAAGUAUAUACAGAUCCCUCUAAAAAGAUCAAAAGAUUGAAGAUUGACAUUUAUGUACUUAUUUUUUUUUAAUUAAUAGUGUUCCUGGCACUGAAGCUUAACGUAAUUCAAUACAAUGACCCCAUGUAACAAUUUUAUAAACAUUUUAUUCCUUGAAUGGGAUCGGGCGAUUUAAAAAAUGGAGCGUCUUUAAAGUUCACGUUGUUAUAGUGAAAAAAGGCUUGGGUGCGCCAUCUUCCAGAGUUACAACCGGCUCCGCAUUGAUGCGCGCCUGGAUGUCAUCCAUAAAAUUAAGUCGGUGUGGCCUAAGUCGCUCGGCAAGGCGAUAUUAAAUUUUCAAGUACUGUUGCCAUAGAGAUGAAAAUUCCAAAUUACGUCAACUUGACGUUGACAGCGCGUUAUGGGGAGAGUUAUUUCUUCUAAAAACAUAAUUAGUCUGCUGCCUAAACUGCAAAUCUAACAGGGAGGGCUGAUGUAUUAUUUACCUUAAAUUGCAUUUGAAAUAAAAAUCUUGCUUUGUUAUACGUCUUAGGGCACAUUUUAUUUAAGGCAUAUUUGUUGGCAUGUUUUACGUAUUAAGAAUAGUUCCAAAACCGACCUUGUGGAAAAAGGUGAAUUGAAAUAUCGCGCAGG